AUGCAUACAGUUACUUCACAUGAUGAAAAUAAAUAUUUUCAUCGAGAAGGAACUAUAACAUUUCAUUCGAACGAAAACGCUCAAGUAUCUACUAUAACUUAUUCAACAAUGGAACAAUCUUAUGGUUAUUCUCAAUUAUCAAAUCAUAAUGAUGCUCAAUCAUUUAAUGUUGAUGGAGAAUAUCAAUAUUCAGAAUCAUAUCAAACAACAGCUAUUGAUCUUCAAACAAUACCUAAUAAUUAUAAUGAAGAUUAUAAUUAUCAUCAUACAAAUACUAAUGAAAGUAUUCAAAGUUGGGAACAAUUAUUAGGUGAAUCACCACGAAUAGAUCAUUCAUAUCAAAAUAUAUCACAAUUAGAUUCAACUAAUAAUAAAACAGUAAAUCUUGAAAUACAACAAAAAGAUGAUGCAUAUCAAUAUAAUAAAGAUUUAUCAUUUGAAGAAAUCAAUUCUGAUAUUGAUUAUGAAACAAUUAUUCACACAAAACAUUUAUAUAAUGAUCCAAAUCCAGAAAUUAUACGAAAACCUUCCUUGAUCACUCCAGUUGUUUAUAAUCAAAAAAUUCUUGUACGAUUUUUACAACCACCACCAAUACAACAAGGACCUUUAAUCGUUCGUGAAGUUCGACCACCUCAACCUCCACCAUUACCACCUCUUAUUAUUCGUCAACGUGCUGAACCUCCUCGUUCACCAUCACCAAUAAUUCUACGUGAAAAACCUCCACCAAUACCCGAUGUUACAAUUCCACAAGUUGUAACAAAAACUCUUCCUCCUCUUCCACCACCACCACGAUCAGUAAUCAUUGAAAAAAUACCUGCAUUACCAACUAAACCACGUGAUGUUAUCAUUGAACGAUGGAUACCUUAUCAAAAUAUGUCAAAACGUAAAGUUAUUGUUCAACGAGCUGAAGAACCUAAACCAUAUCCUAAACCAAGAAAUAUUAUCAUAAUAUACGAACCAAUACAACCUCGAAUUAUUCGUAAAUUUGAACGAUUAGCCAUUACACCUGAAGAUCCACAUAAGUAUUCAGCAACUUAUGGAGAUUCAUUACUUCAAACGGAACAAUUAUUAGAACAAAUCAAAGAACUUGGUAUUAAUGAAGAUAUUUCUCCACCUCAUGUAUUCAGUAAUGAACAACAACAAACAUCAGUAAAUAUUGAUGAACAAAAUUAUGAUUACAAUGAUUCAUUACAACAACAAAUUUAUAGUGAAAUGAAGAAUAAUAAUUAUGAUGAUGCGAACUAUGAAAGUCUUGUUAAUGGAUCAUUAUCAGUAAUAAAUUAUGAAGAUAAAAAUGAACAACAAAUUGAUCAUAAUAGUCCAUUUUAUUUAACUGCUAGAGAAGAUCUAUCAACUCAUGUUACACAAUAUGGCUUUAACCGUUGA